GAAGGAAAUAUGAUACUUCGACAACUGUUGUGUUUUGUGAAACGCGAAGCACUUUAUAUAGAAGACAGUCGGUGUAGUUUCUUUUAUUUUUUAUUUUGACGUUAUUGAGUCAUAUAGAUGUUUUCAUUCAAAGGACAUAAAAAAAAGCUUUCCUUUUAGUUUCUGUUUCUUUUUAGGGAAGCUUUAAGGCAAAGGCUAAAUGCUGGCACCCUUAAUGGUAUAUAAUAUAUGAAAAAUAGUCGUUUAAUGUUCAUAAUAAAUCAGUUUGUGGCAUGUGAUUGAUAUGAAGUUUAUCUCAAACAAUAUCUUUGAGUCAUGACUUAGGCUGUGACGUCACAUUCGGUCAUUUCACCCUCGUCAUUUCUCAGUGAUGUUACUCAUUCAUUUUGUCAGCUGUGUCAGUACCUUAGGACACACGUUAUUAAGUCGUUUACUUCAUGAAGAUGAGGACAUUGUUUGUUUCCAAGACAUUGAUCCUGGGGCACCACACCACUAUCUGGUUAUACCAAAGAAACAUAUCCAUAGCUGUUUGUCACUAAAAGCAGAUGAUAUAAAUCUUGUGAAGAAGAUGGCAGAUAUGGGAAGAGAGGUACUGAAAGCCAAGAAUGUCACAGAUUUGGAAGACAUCAGUCUAGGUUUCCAUGUGCCUCCAUACAUCACUGUCCCACACCUACACCUGCAUGUUCUGGCGCCUUUUAGUCAGGUGUUUAGAUGGGCGAUAUGCAAGUACACAUCCUUCUGGUACCUCACUGAGGAGAAGCAGCUUCAGAAACUGACUGAGAAUAAGAAAGAGAAAAAUAAAUGCCAUUUAUCACUGGCAUGUUGCCACGUAUAGCUGAGUGAACCUUAUUACUGAACUGAAAAACUUGAAAUCACAAGGUAUUUUAGUGAAGAUCAGUGCUAAUAGUUUUUUUUUUUCAUUGUUUGAGCCUUAAAGGCCUGCUAUUUAACAUUAUUUUUUAUAUUUUUUAUGUAAUGCUAAAGUAUUUUUAAAAUCAUUAUGAGGUCACCUGCAUGGCAUAUUACACCUUUAACUUUAUUUAAGUGCAGUGUGAUCAUAAUUAAAGCUUUGAUUGCACUUUUAUUGUACUAUUUAUUUUUAGUACCCUUUGUUUUUAUUUAUAUGAAAUUAAAUAUUUAAAAAGAGCGUCAAAACUAAAUAAAUUAAAUAAAAGUCAGUUGCUUGAUGACAUUCACAAAACCAAUAACGUCAUAACAGAUAUUAUAUAGCCUACAGUAAUAUCUGAAUCCUUUAUCCAUCUUUAAGAAUCGGCUAAAACACAUCUUUUCUUAAAGAUACUAUGCUUAAGAUAGUAUCCUUAAAACUGACCUAACUAAAGUGUAAACUGAUCCAAAAUGCCUAGUGUUAUUAAAUGAAUGGGAAAU